GUCCAAAAGGUAAUAGAUCAAAAUUAAAGAUCAAAGAGAAAUUGCAGCGGCAAUAAAGUUCAGGCAAAUCAACAAAUACCUCGUUACACAACGCUGAAGGGAGUGCUUCUCCUCCUCCUCCUCCCGCGGCUCUCACUUUCUUAGAUUUUCCCGUCAGUUCUCAGCUGCCGAUAAGAAUUUUACUGUUCACCCAGAAACUCACAUCAGGUACUUCACUUCACUCCUUAACUUUCUCACUUCCUUACCGUUGAUCUGUCUGGUUACCGAGAAAACUGAGAAAAAUAUAGAGGGAAUAGAAAAUCUAAAGUCUUACCCUUUAGUUUUGAUUCGCUGAUAUUUUCCUCUUUAGAUUAAAUGAAAGAAAAAUAAAGGGCGGAGAUAAAGUUUUUCUUUUUCAUAUUUAAUUGAAAUUCAAAGUCUUUGAAUUUGCAAUGUAAUAAAAAAUUUUAGGGUUCAAAUGGCUUUGAAAAGUAAGAGCCGAUACGGUGCUAAAGAUAGGAUCAGUGAAUUACCUGUCGAAGUUCUUCGUCACAUACUUUCUUUCCUUCCAACGAAAUAUGCUGUCAGGACCAGCUGUUUGUCUACCAAGUGGAAGAAUAUAUGGGCUUCUGUCCCCAUCCUUAACUUCCACCAUGAAUAUUUUUCUGGAGAUGCUGGAUUUUCGAUGUUUGUUGAACGUGUACUUUUCAUGCGUGAUUCAUCAGACAUUCAGUGGUUCAGUCUUUGUUGUCGCCAGAUUCAGGACUUUUCACGUGUUGAUGGUUGGAUUCGGACGGCUAUUAGGCAUAAUGUUGUUGAACUUUCCAUUUCUGCCAUCUUUGAUCAUCUCAGGAUUUAUGAGUUGCCUAAAAGCCUUUGCAUGUGCAACAGUCUGACGUUUUUGGAGCUACUGUUAAACUUUACUACCAAAGUUCCUACAUCAGGGUGUUUUCCAAGUCUGAAGUACCUCUGUGUUAUGUUAUUUGGCAUGGCUGAUAAGGACUCGAUGAAUAGGCUUUUUUCUCAAUGCCCUGUACUCGAAGUUUUAACUAUAAAAGCAGUUUCAGGGAUACGUCAUGUAGUCUUGGACAUCAACAUUUCAGCUCCUGAACUGAAGAUGCUAAAAAUUUAUUUGGGCGCAGGAGCUUUGCACAAUCAUUUUAUUAAUGCCCCAAAGCUUGAAAAUCUAGAUCUCUGUGACAGCCGUUUGUCAAAUUAUAUUUUUGAGAAUGUAAAAUCACUAAUUAAAGCGGAUAUAGAUCUCAGUGACCAAUUUGGAAUUUACGGUCCUGGCUAUGUGAACCGUGUGACUGCACUUCUAGCCGGCAUUUCCCAUGUUAACUAUCUGUGUCUUUCUGCUCCAUCUUUUGAGGUAGCUACUCAAUACUUCCGUUCUUUGUCCAUUGUUUCUGAUUCAGUUUUUUGGCAGCUUUGCUCCCGUGGUAUUACUAAGUAACUAGAUUGUUCGUAUUUAUUCUUACCUCUGUUGUUGAUCGUAUUUAUCUUUUACUAAACGUAGUGUUUAGGGCAGAAGGCUCUUUUUUCCUUUGUUUAUUUGUUUUUUUUGUUUUUGUUUUUUUUUACACUUGGAACUGGAUCUUUAUGAUUGCAACAUCUUCAAAUCGAUAAAUGAGUUUCUCAAGAGAUCCCUUAAUCUGGAAUACCUUGGUCCAUAUGUAAGUGUAUUUACACGUGUGCUUUAUCAACAGACAACUCUUAGAUAUUCUCAUUUUAUUCAUACA